GAAGCAGCAUCGUCUCCAGACAUUGUAGAAGGGAAGAAGUCUCACAGUCACCCUGACCCGAUGACAUGAGCGCCCUGAACCUGGACACCUACAGCCUGUCCCUCAUCACUGCCAGGGAGGACAUCCUGAGUGCCCGGAGCUCCACCGACUGGGCCGUUUUCACCUAUGAGAAGAAAUGGAGCCUGAAGCUGUUGGAUUCUGGAGUCGGCGGACUGGAAGAGCUGCUCAAGAAGUUCAAUGAGAACCUGGUCCAGUAUGGACUGUGCCAAGUGAGCGAUCCGAGUAGCGGGGUGCAGAGGAUCAUCCUCAUAUACUGGGUUGGUGAGAAUGUGGACGCCUUUCGGAAAGGAGUCGCGGCUGAGCACCUUCCUGCCAUCCGCAGAUUCUUCAAGGAGGCUAAUGUGGUGCUGGGUGCCCAGAAGGUUGGAGACAUCACCCAGGAGGUGGUGGUACAAGCUCUGAGUAGGGUACCACCGCCCGCCAGAGCCUUCCAGAAACCCCGGAUCCCGGCUCCAAUGAGGUGGUGGGGACCAAGUAUAUGAAGACCAAUCCGGCUGUAGAGAUGAAGAUCAGUAAGAGGGAGGCGUUCUGGCAGAGGUCAGAGAGAGAAGAGGAGCGGAGGAAGGAGGCCGAGCGUCUGAGACUGCAGGAGGAGCGGAUCAACCUGGAGAAGGAGCGCAUCCAGAGAGAGAGGCAGGAGGAGGAGGAGAGAGACCGCCGCAUCCAGGAGAAGGAGAGGA